AUGCGUCAGCUCCACGACGGCAUGAUGGCGCGAGUCACGGACAAUGGAGCUAUACCAAAAGCAUUCGAAGUGACCAAUGGAGUGAAGCAGGGUUGCGUCCUCAUGUCUGCCAUCUUCAGUCUCAUGUCCUCUAUCAUGCUGAUGGACGCCUACCGUGACGAACGUCCCGAAAUCCGCAUCGCCUACAGAACGGGUGGUCAACUGCUCAACCACUGGAGGAUUAACUCUUGCUUGCGUGCCUCCACAACCACCGUCCACGAACUUCUGUUCGUCGAUGACUGCGCCCUCAAUGCAAAUACUAUAGGAGACAUGCAAAGACGCAUGGAUCUCCUCUCCGCCGCCUGCGAGAUCUUCGUCCUAAUCAUCAUCACGGAGAAGACGGUGGUCAUACACCAACCGCCACCCGACGCUGCCUAUGUCGCACCCAAAAUCAGCGUGAACGGCGCACAACUGCAAGUGGCGGACAACGCUUUCUUCACGACUACUUCCUGGAACUCGCCUCUUCGCCUCAAUCAACCAUGUAUCUGGGCAGCACCCCCUGCUACAGCGCCAAAAUCGAUGAUAAAGUGGCCCGCCGGAUUUCCAAAGCCAGCCAAGACUUUGGCCGUCUCCAAAACACUGUCUGAAACCGUCACGGUCUCCAUCUCAACACAAAACUAA